AUGGUUAUGGGGACAGAAAGAUCAAAGGCUUUGCACAAUUUCACGAUGCCUUGUGGCCUCCGGUGGGGAAACCAGCGAUACCUCCGUUGCAUGAAGGUCAACUCAAAUGGCCAAAUUUCAACCCUCAGCCGCUUCCAUGGGAAUGAUUCUGAUUCUUCUGAUUAUAAGCACCAACAGCGGCGUACAACCAGAGAGAACCAGAGGGACAGUGAUGGAUCCCACAAAAUGGGUCCAACGAGAGCGGUGAAUAGUUUCGGUGGUGGCCGGAGAUUUGGAGACGGCGAUGAUGAUGGGAUUGCGGCGGUAAGAGAGAAGGUGAUGUCCGAUCUUAUGGCGGUGGCGGAUAAGAUGAAAGACCAGAUUUUCAAGGAAGGUCUUCAGGAAGACGAAAUUUUCGUUUCUCCAUCUCGGCCACCGCCACCCCCUCCGCCAUCGCCCGCGGCAGGAGGGAUUUAUAUGUCGUGGAAUUUGAGGACAAGGCGAGCUGCGUGUAAGGCGCCUUCAAGUGGUUCGGUCGCCGGCGGUUCUGGUAGAAAUGGAGGAGCUGUUGACGGCGCCACUGCGGGGGGUAAUAACAUUGCUAAGGCAAUGACGGUGGAUGUAAUGAAACCCAGUUCGGUGCUCUUACCGAUAAGGACGCCGUCUACAUGCGGUAACAAGUCGCCGCGGCUGAGGAUCGGUAUACUCGGAGCGGCGGAAUCUCCGAGCGGCGAGAAGAGAGAGAUAGCGAAAUUUUCGGUGCCACUGUUAAGAAGGGAGAUCGAAGAGGACUUCAUGGCAAUGGUCGGUCAUAAGCCCCCUCGCAGACCAAAAAAGAGAGCCAAGAAUGUUCAGAAAGAAUUGGAUACACUCUUUCCGGGAUUGUGCUGCUCCAUAGAUGAAAAAGUUCUUUGGAGUUUGAAGGGGCUUAGGAUUUGCUGA